UUCAAUAAAACCACACGAAAACUGGUUGCUAUUUUGAUUUUGUCAUAACAAAACCAUCGACUCUAUUGAAUAGACACCUCAUUUGCAUAUUUUUGCAUAUAUUAUUACUGUAAAGUUUACAAUCGGCCGAUCAACAUGACAACAGAGCAAAACCUAUGAAGAACAUUGAUCGCUAUCCCUUAAUGGACGCAUAAAAUUACCCAAAAUUUAUUUCCUACGUUCUGAACUUCGAUAAAAUUCAUCUGCGUGACAAGGUACAUCUGAUCAAUUUAGAUCGUGGAAAGACUUCGGUAGUCUUUGAUUCUUCAUUUGACGUAAAGACGUAACCCUUGGUUGUUAAAACGAAAAUGUCAGACGGAGAAGCAGAAAACGUUAAGGUGGCCGUUAGAGUGAGGCCUUUUAAUAAACGUGAAAAGGCCCGAAAUGCAACUUUGAUAGUUGAAAUGAAAGGUCAAUCGACGUACUUGAAAAAUCCAGAAGAACCUGGAGAAGAACCUAAAAAGUUCACCUUUGACUACAGUUAUUGGUCUCAUGAUGGAUUUGAAGAGAAACCUAAUGGUUACUUGGGACCUGCCAAUCCAAAUUAUGCUGAUCAGAUGAAGGUGUAUAAUGAUCUCGGUAAAGGAGUUCUUACAAAUGCUUGGGAAGGAUUCAACACGUCACUCUUUGCUUAUGGACAGACUGGUUCAGGAAAAUCUUGGUCAAUUGUUGGAUAUGGUACAAACAAAGGCAUUGUGCCAAUCUUUUGUGAGGAGAUUUUCAAAGGAAUUGAUGAGAAAAAGCAAGGAGGAGAUCAGGCUCAAUAUGAGGUGUUUUUCAGUAUGCUUGAAAUCUACAAUGAGAAGGUGCGUGACCUUUUGAACCCUUCCAAAAAUAAGGGAGGCCUGCGGGUGCGGCAACAUCCCUCAAAAGGAUUCUAUGCUGAUGGACUUAAGACUGUACCUGUGAGUGAGUAUAAAGAGAUUGAAAUGCGCAUGGAGGAGGGAACAAAAAACAGGACUGUAGCAGCUACUAACAUGAAUGCAACAAGCAGCCGUGCACACACUAUAGUUGGUGUGAAAUUUGUGCAGAAGAAAAAGAACGAAGCUGGUGAGGAGACAGCCAAAACAUCUCUUAUCAACCUUGUUGACUUGGCUGGAAGUGAGAGAGCAGACUCUACUGGAGCCACAGGAGACAGACUGAAAGAAGGAGCUGCCAUUAACCAGUCAUUGUCCAGUCUAGGAAAUGUUAUCGCAGCUCUUGUGGACAAGGCCAAUGGGAAAAAUGUCAGAGUUCCAUUCAGAGAUUCAGUGUUGACCAAACUUUUGAAAAAUGCUCUUGGUGGCAACAGUAAAACUAUGAUGAUUGCUGCCAUCAGUCCUGCAGACAUAAACUAUGAUGAAACUCUCUCAACCCUAAGAUAUGCUGACCGUGCUAAACAGAUCAAGACAUCAGCUAAAGUCAACGAGGAUCCCACAGAGAAACUGAUCAGGGAGUUGAAAGAAGAAAAUGAAAAACUCUUGGAAAUGUUAAAGAAGGCUCAAGCAGGAGAAUCUGUGAAGAUAUCCGCCGACGAUGACGAUGACGAUGAUGGUGACAAGGAAGGAUUGUCUGAAGAGGAAAUGGCGGAACUCAGGAAACAGAUUGAAGAAGAAAUAAAAGCAUCUAUGGCACAAACAGAACAGGAAACACAGGACAUGAAUAAGAGUUGGGAUGAUAGAGUUGCUGAAAACAAAAAGGAUAUCAAGGAUAAAGAAGCUGAAAAGAAAGAACGUCAGUCAACUCCUCAUCUGUGGAACUUGAACCCAGAUCCCCAGCUGACGGGAAUGAUUGUGCACAUGAUUAAAUCAGGAGUCGUCACAGUCGGCAACAAAAAGGCUGAUCCUCCAGCAGACAUUGUUCUUCAUGGAUUGAAUAUCCUGACACAGCACUGUGAAAUAAAAAAUGAAGGUUCUAAAAAGAUCAUCAUCAAAACCUUUGGAGAAGCUAAAGUCCUCGUCAAUGGAGAACCGGUUGAUGAUGACGAAGAAGAAGAACUUCAUCAUCUGGACAGAGUUAUGUUUGGUACGAGUCACCUUUAUGUCUUCCAUCAUCCUGCUGAGGCACAGUCGUCGACUUUGAAGCAGGCGGACAUAACGUAUGAAAUGGCGCAGGAGGAAAUCGCUAAGAACGCCGGACUUGACGUUGAUGAUCAGGAGUCAAAAGAGGCAAUGUUGUUACGGGAAGAUUUGGCAGAUCUGAUGCCGAUGGUAAAUGAAGCAAAUGCCAUCAGUCAAGAGUUGGAUAAGAAGGUUUCGUUUGAAGUCUCAGUUGUUUCUGCUAAAGCUCGAGGACUUCCCGAGGGAAGACCAGAGCCAUACGUGGUCAUGCGGGACUUACAAACUGGCGUAGAAUACCUUUGGCCAAAAUCUAAGUUUAUCAACAGAAAAUACGUCAUGGACGAAAUGUACGAGAAUUUCGAAGACGGCGAUGACUGGCAGCUCGAGGACAGUAAAGACCCUUUUACUGAAAGUCCGGAUAUUGAGAGUCUGAUUGGCUGUGUGGCUGUUCCUAUGCAGAGUCUGGGUUAUGUGCUUGAUAUGAGAGAACAGCUGAGUAUCACUGAUUACAAAGGAAAAGAACUCGGCUAUCUUAAUGUAGAAGUUGUUCCUUUAAAUGAAAAUGGAAAAGAAAUCACAGAAGAAGAUGAUAUAUUUAUUGACGAUCCUAGUCAACUGGAAGGUAGAAAGCUUGUGUUUGUGGUACGAGUGCAGAGUGCAAAGGGAAUUCCAAAGCGCUACACGGACGUGUACUGUAAAUAUUCCAUGUACCUUGAAGCGGAUCUUAAGACUGAAGUAAUAUCUGGAACAAGGAAUCCCGAAUUUAACUACGAAAGAACUUUCACUUUUGAAAGGGUUCCACCGAAGUUGAUCCAGUUUUUGAAAAACAAAGACGUCAUUAUACAACUCUGGGGUAAGCAAGCUGUCGACAACAGACCAGUUAACAAAACUGCCAAGAAAGGAAAAGAUACUAAGGCAAUUAUGAGAGCAGAAACACUAAAGAAAAACGUGUCUCUCACUCCUGCCGUAGUAAAAGGAAUGGCAGACAAUGCAACAUUAAAGAAGCAGAACAAACGACUCCAAGAUAAAAUGAAUCAUCUUCGCCAGCUCUGUGAUAAGAAGCAGUCCGAAGGCAAGAGUGAAAUACCGAUAUCUGAACUGCGGGCCAUUAUUGGAGAAAUGAAUGCGAACUCUCAGACGACUGCCCCCCAUGCCCACGCUCCUGCAUCAACGGCUACAGCUCCUGCGGAGAGAAGGAACGAGAGUAGCGCAUGCGCUGUCUUGUAACCUGGUUUUAUUCAAACCAAUCAGCCAUUUACUGUUUACACAACACUUGAGGAAACUUACGUGGACUUGUAAGAGAUUCGUGCGUACGGCCUUGUGUUAUCCUACACGAAAACAAAUACUUUUCAAUCGUUUGGUGUUGAUUUCUGUGCGACAUUUGUUUUCUCAUCUCUUAGGUGGCUUCUGCACGUCAUUCUUGACCAUACCACGACAAACCAGCAACUUUAUUUCCUUAACUGUCAUUUAAAUAGUUUAAUGUAUAAUGAAAUGAUUCUGGUCUUUUCGAAGCUGGUCAGUAAUUUCCUCAAUGUACAUAGCGACGAUAUCCUGUGCACGAAAUGUAAAUUUUAAAAGUUCACCGCACCAUCAUUUACGGGCGCACUCAGACCUUAAUAAGGAUUUUUUUUCUUUUGCUGUAUGUUAUUUUUGUAACCGUUAACAUGGCGAUAAUAUUCAGGGCGCCUCCUUUCGAUACUGGAUGACAAUCAGAGAGAGGCAGAACUGGACUGGGUUUAUUUAUACAUGGUAAAUAAAGCUUACGACAACUUGUAUAAUGUUCUUGUCUUUAUUUGGAUCUGUUAUCUGUUGAUAAAACGAUACCAGCAUUUUUGCGGAGAAAAAUAUCUGAACAAAAAAUACUUUUUAAAACACUCCUUUUGUUUGGCUUUACACCUUUGUUUGUAAUGUCACAAAGAGUGUUACCCAACAGUCCGUGACUUGUAAGUAGGAAGUUUUCAGGUUUAUUUCAAUAUUAAUCACUGAUUUCUUUGCAAUGAUUUGUAACUGGUUUAAGCUAACGCUUCUUCGAGAGUCUUCUCGGAAAUUUUGACUGCUGAAGCAGAUCAGUUGGGCAGAAUGUGUCAAAUUUACGUCAUAACAGGCUAAAGAAGUGCAAUUUCGUUUAUAAAUAAAUCAAACAAUGUUUUCCAGAAAGAAACAAGCUGAGGGUGAUUCCUUUUUAUAGAAAAAAAAAAAAAAAAAAAAAAAAAAAAAGAAACUGUCACCCACUGUCGUGAGAUGAAUUAGCGGCCAGUCAACUCGAAAUGUACCCUAAACGAUUUUAAAAUUUUUGAU